CAGUGCCAUUCAACUGGCAAGAUCCUCUUAAUUUGGAGUCCCUUCUCACUGAAGAUGAAAAACUUCUCAGGGACCAAUUUAGAACGUAUUGCCAAGAAAAAUUACUCACCAGGGUUAUAGAAGCCAACAGACAUGAAAUUUUCCAUCGAGAAAUUAUGAACGAAGUUGGUGAACUUGGUGUUUUGGGUUGCACCAUAAAAGAUUACGGAUGUGCUGGGGUAUCGAAUGUAGGUUAUGGAUUGCUUACUAGAGAGGUCGAAAGAAUUGACAGUUCUUACAGGUCAGCAGUUAGUGUCCAGUCUUCCUUGGUUAUGGGGGCCAUUCAUGAUUAUGGAAGUCCAGAGCAGAAGCAGCAAUAUCUGCCACUUUUGGCAAAAGGUGAAUAUAUUGGAUGUUUCGGCCUGACAGAACCGAAUCAUGGAAGCGACAUUGGAAGAAUGGAAACUAAAGCUACAUAUGAUGCUCCCUCAAAAACAUACACAUUGAAUGGAAGUAAAACAUGGAUAACGAACUCUCCAGUAUCAGAUAUUUUCAUAGUUUGGGCCAGAUGUGAGGAUUCAAAAGUUAGGGGUUUUAUUAUUAAUAUAAAUAACAUAUAA